AUGCGAGUGAGACGGCGGCGGUGAUUGGCGGUCGGAGCGUUUUCUCUCUGUUAAUGGCAUACUCACUCCGAAAAGGUGCUGUUUUGUGGUAUUCAUUCGAGUCCACGCGUUAUUUCUUGUCGUUGAGCAAACAGCCAUAAAAAUCUGAAUAAUCGUGUGUGGUAGUCGUGUGCAGGGAAGUGGUGGACAUGCGUUAGUGGCAGUGACUCUGGUGUGGUGCUGGUCGGUGCGCGCGGCAGCAGGAGCCUCGAGCCUCGCCACCGUCAGUCGCUGCUGGCCUCUUGGCUGUGACGGUGGUGUGUGGCGCGCUCCUCUCACUCCUCCUCCACUCGCGCUGGACUGACCCUGGUGCUGCUUGUGGCGCCCAGCCGUAGUAAACGGGCCGCUACGGCUGUACCUGCUGCUGCCGAGUGUUUGUGUUUGUGUGGUGGUGUGAAGUGAUUGUGGCGGCCAGUAUGGAUGACCAACAGCGGGGCAUGAUGCACCCCACGUCGCAGGCGGGCAUGCUCAUGCCCCAGCAUUACGGUAUGGGCGGUUCGGUGGACCAAGGUCAGGGUACUACCACGCCGGACAGUGAAGGCCGCAAACAGGACAUUAACACCAUCCUGGAGCAGAUUAUGAACAUCACGGACCAGUCGCUGGACGAGGCGCAGGCCAGACUGGCCAUUGGAAGGAAACACACGUUAAACUGCCACCGCAUGAAGCCUGCGCUCUUCAGUGUUCUCUGUGAAAUCAAGGAAAAAACAGGUAAGUCUUAUGUCGUGUGUCAUGACGAGCUUUUCUUGUAGUUUUCAAGUGAGUUG